GAGAGAGAGAGAGAGAGAGAGAGCGAGAGCACAAGAAACAGAAGAAAAUAAUGGGAGUGAAGAUAAUGCCCAUUGCUCACUGAUGAGAAGGAGCACUAAAUGCUGGGCAGUUCAGGCACAGGCAAGACAGAGGCAAUAAUUCCACUAGAGAUGUCAUCCUACUUGCGCAACAAGGACCUGCCACCUCGCACCAGGAAAUCUGUUUUGGAGUUGCCAUCCUCAUCCCCAUCCUCUGGCAGCAAAAGCUUCAGACAUGACAGAUUAUCUAGGGGUGAUGCCAGUGAAGUGGAAAGCACUUCGGAAACACUCAGUCAUACCAGCUCCACACAUAGAGAACUGGAUUCUCUAAACAAGACAAGUGACUAUGCCAGCAAGGACUACAAGAAGCUGUAUGAGGAGGCACUGGCAGAGAACGAGAAACUCAGGGCUUGUCUGGUGGAUAGCAAGCAGAAUCUGGCCAAAUUCCGCUUGCAACUGGACAAAGUCACACAGAAGCAGGACAGAAUAUCUGAGAGGUCCAGUGUAUUUGAUUCAGAAAAAAUGGAAAAGCAGGUAUUGGAGAAGAGGGUGUCUGAGAUGGAAGAAGAGAUUAAGGUUUUGACAGAGCUGAAGUCAGAUAACCAGCGCCUAAAGGAUGAGAAUGGGGCUUUAAUCAGAGUGAUCAGCAAACUUUCCAAGUGAGGCUAUGUGCACAAUCACACUGAGAUUCAAGAGAUUCACUUAUUUGAAAGCCUUCACUUGCUUCUGAUCCUCCCUCUAUAGUUUUCUGAACAUUAAUGAACAACCCCACAACAGUUAAAUGAUUUGUCCUCUCUCCCAUUUCUCUGACUCUCUGUAAACUUGCUUUGUGAUGAAAGAUAUUACAAAGAUAAUGAUUGACUUAAAAUGACCUGCCUUACCACUUGUUGCAAAAUUCAACAAACUGUUCCUUAACUGUCCAUCUUAAUACAUUCCAGGUUGUUUUUUGUACUGCCAAUUUUGUACUGUCAACCUGGAAAUAAAGAUUUGGAUUUUUACAAAUUGAUGCCUAAAAUUCCAAGGUAUUCCUUGCAUGACACGUUAAUUGCACACACGUGGAGUCUAGUCAACUAAUUAUGUGACUUCUGAUGGUUGGCAAUGGUUGAUAAUAAGUUAUGCAAUCAUAUCAUUUUGAAAACUGCAUUCAGUCUCUUACCCACACUUCAAUACUAUGGGCUAUUUUUUUGUAGAUUGAUGACAUAUAUACAUAUAUUCCCAACUAAGUUAA